AGGUGGGGACCCAGGCCUCUAAGCAGAUCCUUCCGCACUGUGAAGUGUGCGUUCAACUAGCACCAUGAAGCUUUCAGAUCUGAGACCUUGGGCCUUCCUGCUGCUGGCUGACUCGGCCAUACUCUGGCUGCUUCAGGGGACUCUGGGGGCGCUGCUGCCAGGAGGCCUUCCAGGACUGUGGCUGGAGGGUGCUCUGCGACUUGGAAGCCUGUGGUGGCUGCUCCAGCUCGGAGGACUGCUGGGGCUUGUGGGGACACUGCUGCCCCCAUUCUGCCUGGUGACCCCCCUGUUUGUCUCCCUGAGGGGCCUGGUCCCAGGGGCCUUAUCUGCACCUCCGCUCAGAGUGGCUUCAGGGCCCUGGAGCUGGCUGCUGUUGGGGUACGGGGCUGCAGGGCUCGGCUGGGCGGUGUGGGCCGUGCUGAGCCCCCCAGGAGCCCAGGAGAACAAGCAGGGCCAGGAGAACAACAAAGCCUUGAUGUGGCGUUUGCUGAAGCUCUCCAGGCCAGACGUGCCCUUCCUCACUGCUGCCUUCUUGUUCCUGGUUCUGGCUGUGUUGGGUGAGACAUUAAUUCCUCACUAUUCUGGGCGUGUGAUUGACAUCCUGGGCAGCAAUUUUGACCCUGAUGCCUUUACCAGUGCCAUCUUUUUCAUGUCUCUCUUCUCCAUUGUGAGCUCACUGUCUGCUGGCUGCCGAGGAAGCUUCUUUCUCUUGGCCAUGUCCAGAGUCAACUUGCGUAUCCGGGAGCUACUCUUCUCCUCCCUUCUGCGCCAGGACCUCGGUUUCUUCCAGGAGACUAAGACAGGGGAGCUGAAUUCACGGCUGAACUCAGAUACCACCCUGAUGAGUAACUGGCUCUCUCUGAAUGCCAACAUACUCCUGCGAAGCCUGGUGAAAGUGGUGGGGCUGUACAGCUUCAUGCUCAGCCUGUCACCUCGGCUCACCCUCCUCUCUCUGCUAGACCUGCCUCUCACAAUAGCGGCCGAGAAAGUGUACAAUGUCCGCCGUCAGGCAGUGCUUCUGGAGAUCCAGGAUGCAGUGGCAAAGGCAGGCCAUGUAGUGCGGGAAGCAGUCGGAGGGCUGAAGACUGUGCGCAGUUUUGGAGCUGAGGAGCAGGAGGUGUGUCGCUAUAAGGAGGCCCUUGAACGAUGCCGUCAGCUGUGGUGGCGAAGAGAUCUGGAACGAGCUCUCUACUUGCUCAUAAGGAGGAGUCUGUACUUGGGAGUGCAGGUGCUGAUGCUGAACUGUGGGCUGCAGCAGAUCCUGUCUGGGGACCUCACCAGGGGCGGGCUGCUCUCUUUUGUGCUCUACCAGGAAGAUGUGGGCCGCUAUGUGCAAACCCUGGUGUACAUAUGUGGGAACAUGGUGAGCAGUGUGGGAGCUGCAGAGAAGGUGUUUCAUUACCUGGACAGAAAGCCAAACCUGCCUCCACCAGGGACGCUGGCUCCCCCCACUCUGCAGGGGCUUGUGGAGUUCCAAGAUGUCUCCUUUGCAUAUCCCAACCGCCCUGACCAGCCUGUGCUCAAGGGGCUGACAUUUACCCUCCAUCCUGGUCAGAUGACGGCCCUGGUGGGGCCCAAUGGGUCUGGGAAGAGCACAGUGGCUGCCCUGCUGCAGAAUCUGUACCAGCCCACAUCAGGGAAGCUGCUGCUGGAUGGGGAGCCCAUUUCCCACUAUGAGCACUACUACCUGCACCAACAGGUGACUGUGGUUGGGCAGGAGCCAGUGCUGUUCUCGGGUUCUGUGAGGGACAACAUUGCUUAUGGGCUGAAGAGCUGCAGUGACGAGCAGGUGAUGGUGGCCGCUCAGGCUGCCAAAGCCGAUGAAUUCAUAAAAGAAAUGGAGCAUGGACUCUACACAGAUGUAGGUGAGAAAGGGGGACAGUUGGCUGUGGGACAGAAACAAUGUCUGGCCAUUGCCCGGGCCCUUGUGCGGGAACCCCGAAUCCUCAUCCUGGAUGAAGCCACCAGUGCCCUGGACGUCCAGUGCGAGCAAGCUUUGCAGGACUGGAAGUCCCGUGGAGACCGAACGGUACUGGUGAUCGCGCACAGGCUGCAGACGAUUCAGAGAGCUGACCAGAUUCUGGUGCUCAAGCAGGGAGAGCUGCAGCAACAAGCCCAGCUCAGGGAGGGCCAGGACCUCUAUUCCCAUUUGGUGCAGCAGCAUCUGAAAGACUAAGGGUCUGGGGGCUCUGGACCCUUCUUGUGCCCAUCUUCAUGAUUGAUGGUAGCUCCUACUGUAAGUUUCUUUGGAGCUGAAGGACCAUGUGUGCAUGGGAUUUUGGGGGAGCUAGAGGGCUGUCUGUGUGCAGGAACCUUGUUUCCUUGAUAAACAGAACUUUGCUUGGUACUGAGUGGCAUAUUGUAUAUAGAAGCUUAAUAAAUAUAGUUAAAUAACAUAUUUUAUUAUUAUAAUAAAUAGCACUGAUACAUAAGGAAAAGUGGUUGGUUAUUAUCUCCAUUUUAUAGAUGAGGAAACUCUUCUCACAGAGAUUUAAUAACAUCCUCAGUGUUACACAGACCUGGAGUUGGAGUUGAACCCAGGUCUGACCCCAGAGUUCACACUCUUAAUGAAUCAACUAUAGUGUGUCCUGUCUUCAUAACCUCUCAGUCAUAAUCAGGCCAAGGAAAGCCCUCUUACUUUUGGCAUAGAACAACUGCUACAUUAUCUUCUGUCCAGUCCUGUUGUUAUAACUUCUGUUUAUAGUCUGGAUGAUCUCAACUCUAUACAGAGGCUCCCUAUCAUUGGUUCACCUCUUCUAGCCACUUUCCACAAAGACACAUCUCUUUCUAGAAGGCACAGGGGGUGGAAACACUUCUGCAGAAUUCUCCAAGUGCUUGUUGUCCCUUUUUACUCAGAUCUUCUUCAGAGCAUACAACAUUUUCCAACUGGGUUGUCUCCUCUUUCCAGGGACAUUAAGUUGCAGCUAUAACAAAGAUCUAGCCCUUUGUAUCUUUGCAUGUAGUGUUCCUUGGCAUUCUCUGCAUUUUUUUUUUUUAACCAGACCACUGGUCAGCUCUGGCUUAUGGUGGUGCGGGGGAUUGAACCUGGGACUUUGAAGCCUCAAGCAUGAGAGUCUCUUUGCAUAACCAUUAUGCUAUCUACCCUCCACUCUCUAUUCCGUCUGGAGAAAGUGCCCUUUCCAGGAACUCCUGGUGGGACAGCCGUAUCAUAUAUAUUAUCAAGCUUCCUAUGUGUAGCCUGGCAGGCAGUGCAUAUGUGCCUGUUGAAUAAAUGGACAGAUUUCCCUCCAAGGUCCUUAAUCUUCUCUGUAUACAUCAACACUGAACAUCCAAGGCUGUAGUUAGUACCAGUUACUUGGAGGAACUUAACCUUUGAUAGUUGCUGUUCAAGGAAAGAGAAACUUUCACAUUCCUAGAAAUAACAUGUACUUCCCAGUGCCAACAAUGAGCUAACCGGAACUACUGUUUUGGAUUCCCCUCUGGCUGGCAGCUAUUGGAGCAGGGUUGGAUGAGAGCAGGGAACUUCUCAUAAAGCUGAAACUUUGCUCUAUCCUGCUGCUGCCCUGCUGUACCAGACCUGUUUAUAGAUGCUACUGAGGUGAAAUACACAUUUGGAGAGAGAGAGAGACAGAGAAGGCUGUCCUGACUCCUUCUCUUCCUAUGCCAAAUGUCCCUUUCUCUGCUUAUAAAACUGGACCAAUAACUUUCCAACUUUAUGAAACUAUCUGAUGCGAGAUGUUUUGCUAAAAUUUUGACAUCCUCAGUACUAUCAUACAGUUGUAAAGCUUUAAGCCUGGAAGGCUUUAGCAGUUCAAAGCUUAUUUUACAGAGGGGAAAAUUGACCUGAAACUACAAUUAUUUAGUGAGAGAGGAGAAAAACUCAGACAUCCUGAAGGGCAAAUAGGAAAAGACAGCAGACCGUAGGACCUUAAAAUGGCCCUAAAAUUUGCUAUCUUGGAAAUCCCCAGGUGAAUCUUAUGCCAGGGACACAGAAGAUUGGUCCCAGACAGACACAUCAUUAUGAGUGCCCUUACAAUUAAUAAUGCUGAUUUCCUCCAGAAAAUUUCUUCUUUUUAUCCACCUCCUAUUUCUUCAAGUCAUUUUCCCACUCCUUAUUUUUCUCCUUAUUAUUGUCAUCUAUCUUCAUUAUUUUCCCACUCAGUCACAUUUUACUCUUUGCAAAGGAAGAUAUAAGUGGACAGGAAGAAUUUUAUGGUAUUCAGUGAAAUUCUUUGGAUCCCAAAGUAACCCACACAGCAACUGCCCUACCAAAUGCAGAAACAGCCUAGAGGUAGUUUCAGAUCAUUUCUGCUCCAUUCUAGUGGGGAAGCUACUUGAAAUUACAUUGUGAAUCAAGAAUAAUAUCCUAGCUGUCAAAAUUUUGGGGGAAGGAUUAGGGAAUAAGAAAAACAAAAAUCUUCUCUAGG